AUGCAGGCCGCCGCCGUCCACCGGCCGCACCUCCUCGCGGCGUCCCCGCUCGGGGGCCGCGCCAGCCGCCGGCCCUCCACGGUCCGCAUGGCGCUCCGCGAGGACGGGCCCUCCGUGGCCAUCGUGGGCGCCACCGGCGCGGUGGGGCAGGAGUUCCUCCGCGUCAUCACCGCCCGCGACUUCCCCUACCGCAGCCUGCGCCUCCUCGCCAGCGAGCGCUCCGCGGGCAAGCGCAUCGACUUCGAGGGCCGGGACUACACCGUCCAGGACCUCGCGGCGCCGGGGGCCUUCGACGGGGUCGACAUCGCGCUCUUCAGCGCUGGCGGGAGCAUCAGCCGCGCCCACGCCCCCGCCGCCGUCGCCAGCGGCGCCGUCGUCGUGGAUAACAGCUCCGCCUACCGGAUGGACCCCGACGUGCCGCUCGUCAUCCCGGAGGUUAACCCCGAGGCCAUGGCCGACGUCCGGCUCGGGAAAGGGGCUAUUGUGGCCAACCCCAACUGUUCCACCAUCAUCUGCCUCAUGGCUGUCACGCCGCUGCAUCGCCACGCCAAGGUGAAAAGGAUGGUUGUCAGCACAUACCAAGCAGCAAGUGGUGCUGGUGCUGCAGCCAUGGAAGAACUCAAACUUCAGACUCGAGAGGUCUUGGAAGGAAAGCCACCAACCUGUAACAUUUUCAGUCAACAGUAUGCUUUUAAUAUAUUUUCGCAUAAUGCACCUAUUGUUGAAAAUGGCUAUAAUGAGGAAGAGAUGAAAAUGGUGAAGGAGACCAGAAAAAUCUGGAAUGACAAGGAUGUAAGAGUAACUGCAACUUGUAUACGGGUUCCUACGAUGCGCGCGCAUGCCGAAAGCGUGAAUCUACAGUUUGAAAAGCCACUUGAUGAGGACACUGCCAGAGAAAUCUUGAGGGCAGCUCCUGGUGUUACCAUUAGUGACGACCGUGCUGCCAACCGCUUCCCUACACCACUGGAGGUAUCGGAUAAAGAUGACGUAUCAGUUGGUAGGAUUCGCCAGGACUUGUCACAAGAUGAUAACAGAGGGUACACUCACGUUUUACACUUACUGUUGUUGGAGUUAUUUGUCUGUGGAGACCAGAUACGUAAAGGCGCCGCGCUGAACGCUGUGCAGAUUGCUGAAAUGCUACUGAAGUGA